AUGGACUCUGCUGAACUUGCUAGAAUCAUUCAAGAAGGGAUAGCAGCGGAAGUCCUCUUGCAUCCCCUCCCCGAUAGGUUCAAGUAUCCUCGAAUAAAGGAGUAUGAUGGGACAAUCGACCCCAUCAAUCAUCUGAAUGUGUACAUGGAUAUCAUGAACUUACAGGUUGCACCUGAUGCAGUACUGUGCAAGGCAUUCCCCCAGACCCUCACAAACGCAGCUAAAGAUUGGUUUUUCACAUUGGAACCGAACUCUAUCGCAUCCUUCUCAGAUUUGGCCGAUAAGUUCUCCACUUUCUUUGCGAGCAGCAAGCGAAUUAGAAUGAUAGCUGCAUCACUCAUGCAGAUGCGUCAAGGACCCAACGAAACACUGUGCAGUUUCAUAACCAGAUUCAAUAAAGAAAGGCUUCAGAUCCUCGAUCUACAUAUCACUACUGCAGUCUCGGCCCUGACAUAUGCCAUUAAGUACAAAGCAUUCAAGAUGUCCUUGUCUAAGACCCCUCCGAAGUCAGUCACCGAGCUACUUACACAAGCUGAGAAGUACAUCAAUAUGGAGGAAACCAUAGCCCCAAAAAGAGAAGUUUCGUCAUCAGGAAGGUUGGAUCAUAAAAGGCCGCAUGAGUCCAGUCUGAGACAAGAUAUACCUAGGGUCAAGCAAAGGAAGGACCCACCGUCAACAUCUUUUACCCAUUUGAACACCUCAAGAUCCAACAUCCUGAUGGAAAUCAAGGACUCGAGGAACUAA